CGCCUUCCCAUGCAGAAGCGCCUUCCCAUGCAGCUGCAGCUGCAGGAGCAAGUCCUGAUCCACUCCUUGUGUGCUUACUUGCUCUCUCUCCCUCCCUCCCUCCGCGCUUGCAGCAUUCGCAACAUCCCGAUCACAGAGGCUCUCAGGAUGCAGAUGGAGGUGCAGAGGCGGUUGCACGAGCAGCUGGAGGUGCAGCGGCAGCUGCAGCUGAGGAUUGAGGCGCAGGGUAAAUACCUCCAGAAAAUCAUAGAGGAGCAGGUAAAGGCGAGUGGCAUGGUUGUUGCCAGUAGGUCGUCCACUGCCGGUGGGGCAGUCACGUCUGCUGACCCCGCUGGGGCUCUCAACGCGGGAGCGGGGGGAGGAGCGGGGCAAGGAGGGGAGGGUGGGGAAGGAAUGGUGACAGGCCGGGAAACUGACGCUGGUCCAUCUGCCGAUGCUGCUGCUGCUGCUAGUGCUGCUGGUGGUGCUGCUGUCGGUGCUGCUGCUGCUGCUGCCGCUGCUGGCCAUGUUGGUGGGUUGGCAGGGCACAGUGGGGAGAUCUCCCUAGGGGUGAGCUCGAGUAUGGAGAAGCCGUUGGAUGCCCGCUAUGGUGCUGCAUCAACGGCUGCUGCUGCUGCUGCUGCUGACGAUGCUGCUGCUGCUGCUGCAUAUGUUUGCUACGUUUCUCACCCCGCUCCUCACUACUUCCCACCAACUCCUCUUCAUGCUCAUGCUUCUGCCGCCGCUGCUGCCACUGCUGCUGCCGAUGCUCCUGAUGCUGCUGCCCCCUCUGCUGCAAGCGGUUCUGCUGUCGCUGCUGCUGCUGGUGUCCCCGGGGAGAUAGCACCGAAUUCGUCUUCGCUCUUAUCCAGCUCCCCCCAACCCCAACUCACUGCCACCCCAGCUGCACCCACCCCAGCUGCACCCAAUCAGCCCUUCUUAGUGGUGUCAGCUAAGCAGCCCAAGGCCCCUCCGCGCCUGGUCUGCUCCCCCCUCUCCUCCACCCGCCUGCUCCGCCCUCUACCAUCCCCAUCCGCUUCCCCUGCCCUCUCCGCACCACCAUCCCCCGCAAUUGCGAUGGAACCGCCUGGAGCUGCACCUGGGAUUUCUCCUGCUGCUGCUCGUGUAACUGAUACCUCUUCUGUUGCACCUGAUGUUUCUGCCGCCCAGUUUGCCUCUCAGAGUAUGUAUGGGGCAGCUGCACCUGGGACUGCACCGGCACCUGAGAAUCCACCUGGGAUAACCCCUGCUUUAGGUGGGCCGUGUGGGUUGUCGGGGCAGGAGAGGGGGAGGAGGAAGAGGCAGAGGACGAGGGAGGUGAUUGUAGACGUGUGUGGGGACUUGGAGGAUGUGUGUGGGGAGGUGGAGGAGGAAGAGGAGUGUGGGGAGACUGAGGAGGUGGAUGAGAGGGGAGGUGAUGCUGGUGAUGGUGGUGGUGAUGGUGGUGGUGAUGAUGGUGGUGGUGGUGGUGGUGGUGGUGGUGGUGGUGAUAGUGAUAGUGAUGCACCACGCCAUGCCACCCCCCCCUCACUUCAUGUAUUCCAUGCCAGCGGGCAUGCAUGGGUAUCCGCCACCGCCCAUGCCGCCUGGCAUGGCAGCACACUAUGCCAUGCCUGGCGCGAUAGGGCAUCACAUGCCGCAGCAGCACGCCAACAUGCCCCAGCAUCCUAA